UUUCUGGACGUAACCCUCCAUAAGGACAACAACAUAACCACCGGAAAGAUAUACCAACACGUGAUCCAAAAGGAGCGAAGGGGUGACUACUUGGGAAAGACGGUCCAAAUCAUACCACACGUGACGACAGCUAUACAAGAAUGGGUGGAACGGGUGGCCCGCAUACCGGUCGACGUGAGGGUUACCCCUGAGGCCAAGCCUGGAGCCACUGGUGGUGGCGGUGAUGGCGCGGAUCACGUGCCCGAAGUGUGUGUCAUAGAGUUGGGCGGAACCAUCGGCGACAUCGAGGGUAUGCCGUUCGUGGAGGCGUUCCGACAGUUCGCCAGAAAGGUGGGUGCGUCCAACUUCUGCAACGUUCACGUGAGUCUUGUGCCACAACCCAAGACCACCGGUGAGCACAAGACUAAGCCCACGCAAGUCAGCGUACGGGAGCUCAGGGGACUCGGACUCUCACCAGAUCUGAUCAUAUGCCGGAGCGAAAAUCCGAUCACCUCUGAGGUGAAGGAGAAGAUCUCGGACUUCUGUCACGUGGACCCGGAUCAGGUGGUGUGCAUUCACGACCGGUCGUCCAUAUAUCGCGUGCCACUGGCGCUCGAGGAGCAAAAGUUGGCCUUAUUUUUUGACACCCGCCUCGACCUCAACUUAGACCACAAGAUGCCGCGCCCACUCAUGAGGAGGUGGCGCGACUUGGCCGACAGGUACGACAAUAUGACCAAAGAGGUGAACAUCGCACUGGUAGGCAAGUAUACGAAGCUCCAGGACUCGUACGCGUCAGUUGUGAAGGCGCUCCAGCACUCAGCCCUCCAUAUCCACCAUAAGCUCAAUCUGACGUGCAUUGAGGCCGAGGCGCUCGAGCUCACGGCCAAGGAUACCGAUCCCGUGAAGUACUACGAGGCCUGGCAGGCCCUCUGCAAAGCCGAGUGAGUUAUUU